AUGUAUGUGCCUGGUGAACAUGAACUUGAUAUAAUCGAUGAAAUUGGUGAUGAAUCGGAUUUAAAUACGUUGCGUCGUUUGCUAAUGAAUUGUCGCCAAGAAUUAUUUAAAGUUAUUGAACAAAUGAUUCGAAAUGAAAUUUCAUAUGAAAAUGUAGUAAUGAAAUCCGAUUAUGAUGAUUUGAGUUUGAAACAUGAAGAAAUAAGUCGAGAGUAUGAUAAAUUGAAAAUAGAAUUUAAAGAUUUAGGACAUUCAUGUUUGUUUCUUGUACAGAAAACAAAAGAUUUAGUCGAUGAAAGAGAUAAAUACUAUGAUGAUUGGGAAAAAAAUCGAUCCAUUUUAACACCGAGACCUGAUUGGGAUAAAUGUUCAAAUGUGCUAGAUGGGGGCAUGGAUAGAUGGAAAAAAAUAUCAGCUGGUAAAACAAGCGACCAAUUAGUUGAAAUAUUGAUAUCAGAAAUAAUUGAUGGAAAUCAGACAACUCAUGAGACAAUGAAACAAAAUUAUUUCGAUGCAUUAGGUGAAGAAAAACAAAUAUUACCAUUUUUACGCUCAGCAAAAAAUAAAAAAAUAAAAAAUCGUCAUAUGCGACGACGAAUAACAGGAUUAUUGAUUAAAGAGAUAUGGAAUGAACAAAUAACAAAAGGAAGUUCAACUGCUGAGUCAAAGAAAAUAGCAAUCGACGAUGAUAGUAGUUUCGAUGGUUCUGAUCAACCAUUAAGGCAGCCCGUUUUGACAGACUUAGCCAACGUGGUUUUCGAUUAUCUAAAAAAACGGUUCGAUUCAAAAGAUAUGGCUAUAGAAAUCGGUUAUAAUUUGAGAGAUGCAUGUUUGAGAUAUAGAAAUUCGGAACGUAUAAAUUUAUUCUGGGGCAUUUUAACCGGCCAAAUUGAAGAACAAGUAUUUCAUUAUCAAAUGAAAACAAUUGCACAACUCUUACAACAUCUAUGUCGUAUGAAAAUUGUGUUUGAAUUUGAUGAAACAACAAUGGGUACGCCUGGAGGGACAGAUUCACUCGGUUUAUCUGUUGAUGAUUCAUUGCACGUAGCAAGAUUGCAAUCGAUACGUAAUUCAACAUUAAUGGGUGGUAAUAGUCUAGCCAGUGCAUCGUUUGGUAUUUCUGUAAGUCGUUCAAUAACCAGUGCAAGAAAUUCCAUUCAUGAAUUAGUAAUGUCACGCAAUCAGUUUUUAAUGUCUUUAAAGUUAUUGUAUCCAACUAAAACGAGUGAAAAGAUAAAUGAAUUGGUUAAAGCAGCUGAACGAGAUUUGCAUAUGACAAAUAUGCAAACAUUUGAAUUUGGUCUAUUAUUCAUGGAAGGUGAUGAUGGAAAGUUGGGUAACUUUUUAUCAACGCUGUUGAAACAAUUGAACGAAGAAAAAAUACAAUAUGUUGAUAGUAUUAAGUUGAUUCUCAUGGGGCAUCCAUUAGUACCGGUGAGUCAAUUUAAACGUGCUAUAACAAUGGUCGAUUCGACUAUACCACAAGCAGAAUUAAAACGAUAUGUGGAAUGGGUAUAUAAUACGAAAAUUUUCAAUGAGAAGAUUAAACCAUUGGAUUUUGAAGAUUUGCUAAGACGAUUAGAGAAUUGUGCGUGCUAUAAACACUAG